AUGGAUGCAUUUAUAAUUUGUUCAACUGACAGCACUUCAGUGAGUGAAAAACCAAAGAAGAAAAUUAAAUUAAAUAUAAGACGUCAAUAUCAUGAAGAUUAUUUAAACAUAGGACUUUCUUGGUCCGGAAAUGUAGACGAUCCUCGUCCAUGGUGUCUUGUAUGUGGCGAUAAACUAUCAAAUGAAUCAAUGGUUUCGAGUAAACUAAAACGCCAUUUUUCCACCAAGCAUUCUCAUUUGGUUGAUAAAAAUGCUUCAUAUUUUCAACGUUUACUAAAAUCAGAAACACGACAAUCUGAAAAAAUGACAAAAAUAGUGACCAUAUCUGAUAAAACUCAAGAAGCUAGUUAUCUAGUAGCAGAGCUGGUAGCUAAACAAAUGAAACCACAUACUAUAGUAGAAAAACUUAUUUUACCGGCUUGCCGUAAAAUCGUAAAAGUUCUUUUUUGA